UAGUGCGAUCCGCGAGUAGUGUAGCGCAGAUAGUAGCAGUUGUUAGUGAAACGGCGUCGCGACUGGAAGGAUACUAGCUAAAGUUCAACCGUGAUUUGUUGCCUCCGAUCGGUGAUUUUGCAGCAGCAGCAAAAGCAGACUAGUUCGUGACCAGUUUGGAAGUGACAUGUGUUUUCAGCGAGGAUAAUGUUACGCAAUCCUAUAAUUACAAUGACGAUAAAACUACUUGUGUUUUUUCUGCUCACCAUCCACCAAGUUAUUCCACAAUCACCGUUCGAAAACAUCUUCGACGAUCUAAGUUUCCUCUUCCUGUAUGGUAACCGGACGUCUCGCAUCCCAGAUACAACGGUGUUCCGAAAGGAGUAUGACUUCAUCGUCAUUGGCGCCGGAUCCGGGGGUUCCGUCAUGGCUAACCGCCUCAGUGAGAAUCCCAAAUGGAACGUGCUUCUGCUGGAAGUGGGAAAAGAGGAAAACUUAGUGGUUAACGUACCACUGACCGCUGGUUUGACGACCGCUACUAAGUUCAGUUGGGGCUAUCGCUCUGCUCCAAUGCGAAAUGCUUGUAAGGGCCUUGAAGAAGGCGUCUGUUAUUGGCCCAAAGGAAGAGGUUUAGGAGGGACGAGUCUCAUAAAUUUCCUCCUCUAUGGAAGAGGACACAAACGAGAUUACGACGAAUGGGAACAAAAUGGAAACUACGGUUGGAGUUACAAUGAUGUUGUUAAGUACUUUGAAAAAGCGGAGAAGAUUAAAGGACGCAAGCCAAACCCAGAAGGGUAUGUCCAUAUCGAACAAAGUUCCUUUGAAACUCCCAUGUUAAGGCGUUACAUCGAAGCUGGAAAGUCAUUUGGAUACAAAGAAAUUGAUCCGAUGGCGCCUGUUCAGUUAGGAUUUUAUAAAGCAGUGGCAACCAUGAAGAACGGAGAACGUUGCAGUGCAUCUAGGGCAUAUCUCAGACCAGUUGCAGAUAGACCAAAUCUUCAUAUAUCGAUGAGCUCUUGGGCUACCAAAAUUUUAAUUGAUCCUCAAAAAAAGACGGCACAUGCAGUGGAGUUUACGAAGGAUAAGAAACGAUAUCAAAUAAAGGUUACGAAGGAAGUUAUUCUUUCAGCCGGAGCAAUAGCAUCACCUCAACUGCUCAUGCUUUCGGGAGUUGGUCCGAAAGAACAUCUUGAAUCACUAGGCAUUCCAGUUAUACAAGAUUUAAAAGUAGGAUAUAAUCUGCAAGACCACACAACGCUUUCUGGAUUAGUGUUUACCGUGAACAAACCUGUUACCAUCCGUGAGCAAGACAUGCGACGACCUGAACACUUUCUGAACUACAUGAUCAACCGUAAAGGACCAUUCACGGUUCCUGGUGGUGCGGAAGGUAUUGCAUUCGUAAAAACUGUAGAUUCCGACUUGCCUGCUGAUUAUCCGGAUAUGGAACUGGUACUAGGAACCGGUGCCGUCAAUAACGAUGAAUCCGGAUCCCUUCGGCAUACCUUCGGAAUGACGAAGGAAUUCUACAGCAAAACGUAUGGGCCAGCUAGAGGGCAGCAUGCUUUUGGAAUAGCUACGGUGUUGAUGAAACCUCGUGGCAGAGGCCGACUGUAUCUGAAGAGCACAAACCCAUACCGGUGGCCACAAAUGGAAGGGAACUUCUUCGAUCAUCCGAAAGAUAUGUCAACGAUGAUCGAGGGAAUCAAACUGGCUGUGAAACUGGGAGAGUCUAAGAGCUUCGCUCCUUACGGAGCCAAACUUUUGAGGACGCCUUUCUACGGAUGUGAGAAAGAAACAUUCCGAAGCGAUGACUACUGGAAGUGUUGCCUGCAACAGGUGGGAGCCAGUAUACAACAUCAGUCCGGUACGUGCAAAAUGGGUCCAUCUAGCGAUCCCGAUGCUGUUGUCAAUCCAGAACUGCAAGUUCAUGGUAUUCGAAACCUGCGAGUUGUGGAUGCUUCUAUAAUGCCAUUCCUCCCGGCAGCGCACACCAACGGAGUGGUGUACAUGAUUGGAGAAAAGGCUGCCGACAUGGUGAAAAAAUACUGGUCGAAUAAUGUCGAUAGUUGAUGGAAACGUUAACUGUGCAGGGUCUCCAAAUAAAACAGGGUGGUAUUUAAUUCCAGGUGAACAUUUUUUUUAAUCUAGUCAUUUAAAAGAUAGCUGUAAAUAUAGAAUAUCAGAAUCUUCGUACCCAUGUGACAAUUAUUGAUUUUAUGUUCGUUGACGAAAAUAAUUAAAAUUGUAUAGGAAUCUGAAA